GCAGGAAGCUGCCGCGACGUCUGAUCAAGAGGGUGCCUCUUUCGACAUCGAAGAGACAUCAGACGAGACCGAGUCCGACGAAGAGCCCACAUCCGAGGAUGACCGGGGCAUCGACGACUCGGCGGUGCCGGACGCUGAAAUGCGGGAUCUGUACCGGCAGAUGGAGAUGGAGGAAGCGGCAGCUCGGCUCGAGGGGGACGAGACCUUGGAUGAGGCGCUAGCGCUAGCGCCCAUGCGGAGGGAGAUGCAGAGGAGGCGAGCCCCGGAUGAAGCGCCAGCGACCUCUGUACCUCCAGUGGCGCGCGAGGACCUUGCGGCGGUGCCUGAGCCUGCGGUGCACUCUGACCCGCUGACUGGCAACGAGGUCUUCAAGAAGGACGGGUUCCGGGUGCUGCGUGUGCGGGAGCACGGCACCAACUGCUUCCAUCAGAGAGGGGCCAACCCAAGGGGCCGCCUCCCCGGCCCAAAGUUCUUCAUGCAGCAGGAGGCGGCGCUCUUGAACCACGAGGCGCAGGUGGUCCUGCACAAGUGGUCCGGCGCGGUCGUAGACGGGGUGAGGGUUCCGUGGCGCAGCUUCGGUUCGUACCCCGAUUGGGAGACAGCGCGGUCGCAUCUAGAGGGGCGGCACGGGUCGGUGACCGAGAUCAUCCAGAACGGAAAGCCCUGCAAACCCUACCUCGAUCUGGACGGCACGGACGGACUCCCUUUUAGGCGCCAACCGGUGGUCGGAGCGGACGGGGAGGUGGUUGAGGAUGGGGAGAGGUACGGGGCGGAGGAAGUGAUUCGGAUCAUUGAGAAGUGGGCCGGUGUCGUCUUCAAGGAACAGUACGACUGUGAGCUGCAUCCGAGCAGCUUCGUCUGGAUCGAGAGCCCGGGCCAGACCAAGUUCAGUCUCCACCUCACGAUCAACCAGCUGUCUCCCCGUCAACUUGUCUUCGGCUCCAACACUGAGGGGGCUCUCCACUUUGCGAGGCGCCUCAAGAAGAGGGCGCUUCAGUUUGAUCCUGCGGUCGCGGCUCUCAUCGACCUGAACGUGUACACAAAGGACCGCGAGUGGCGGACGCCGGGGAGCGCCAAGGUCGAGAAGCCGGAGAGCGUCCUGUCGUACAUCGAUCCGGCCCAUUCCUGGAAGGACGCUCUGGUGACUUGGCUGGAGCCCCCCGAGGCCCGUGACGAGGUCAAGCUGCCAUUCGAAGUGCCCCAAAGGCUCCACGAGAAGUUCAGCAACCCUCGUGUCAUGUCCGAACGGGGCACAGAGCGCAGCUCGAAGAACGAGGAGUUCGUCAAGGCCCGCAUGCUAGCGCUGCUCAGGGAGCGCUUGCACCCUAGCGCUUACGAGGAGGGCCCAGAUCGCUAUAAUUACAGCGAUCGGACGGAGCCCCAAAACACUGAGGGUGGGGACUCGGACGUUCCCUGUGUCGAGAGGGCAUACUGCCUAGGGGACCUGUUCGAGGACAACAUCUCGUACGAGACGGGCGCCGUCAAGGUAGACAUGGAGCACCUGACGCGUGUCCCUGGCGCGUCGACCCCUGAGCUCGUGGCCGAAGUAGCAGCGGGGCGGAGGAUGCCGAACGAUCUGAUGAAGCUAAACACCGUCGCCAACGAGUGGAUCGAGGGCAGAUUCCGCUUGCUCGGCAUCCGGUCGGGCGUGAACACUGGCAAGACGGUGUUCUGCGGGGCGGUUGGGGACGAGCUCUGGCAAGCGAGCGGCCGCGCCCACACGUCGAUCAUGAUCACGUACCGAGUGGCCCAGGCUCAAGACCUCAAAGCGCGCUUUCCCCGCACUGCAAACUACCUCGACCUGAAGGCCGACUACGAUCACAAGAACGUGUGGUUCCCGGAUCCUGACAACAAGCACAACCUUCUAACGGCUCUGCAGUCUCGAAAGGACUUUCCUGAAAUCGUUGUUCAGGUGGACAGCCUCCUAAACCUCCGGCGGGGCAGCAUUGGCGAGGUGGCCCCGUUCGAUCUCGUGAUCCUUGACGAGGUGGCGAGCAUCCUGGCGCACCUCUCCGCGGCGACCGUGAGGAACGGGAUGGAGACCAGUGAGCUGUUCCUGGAGAUUGUGCAGCGGGCGAAGCGCGUUUUGGCCAUGGACGAUGGGUACGGGCAGCGGGAGCACGACUUCUUUCAGCUUGCUCACGUGCCCGGGAAGCUCGUCAUCAACACAAGAAGGGCAGCGGUGCCUCUGACGUUCCGUGUCAGUCAGGAUGAGAAGAAGUGGUUGGAUCGAAUCAUCGAGGAUCUCGCAGCUGGCAAGAACGUGGUCGUUGUCAGCAUGUCCGCGAAGGUCCUGGACCGCAUCCGGGACCGGGUCACGUCGCACCAUGCGCUUCGGCUCGCAGACACGGACAUCCUCAUCCACAAGGCCUUGAGUGGGGGCGAAACCACUGCUCUCCUCAAGAACGUUGCAGAGAGUUGGAAGGUUCGACUGCUCAUGUACAGCCCCACGGUUGAGGCUGGCGUGAACUUUGACAUUCCUUAG